GUGUGUAUGUAUAUUAGUUUGCAAAGGAGGAGUCAUCAUAUAAUUUUGAUAUCUAUAUAUAAAUAUUUGGAGUUCGAGAGCAGUAGUGAUCAAUCAGAUAGAGGUGUAUGGCCAGAGCUGGAAUAUUGAUCAAGAAUUACACUAAGGUGUUGUCUGUGGGGCCUUUCAGCUCAGUGCCAGGAAUAGGAUUUCGACGUUGCAUGAGCAAGACGGUGGCGGCGCAAAAUCAUCAUACAAAGAGUAGCAACAAAGUGACGCAGGGGCCGGCGAAGGAGGAGGAGUGGGUGCGGGAGGAUACGGGGAGCUGCUGGAUGCCCCACCCGCGAACGGGGAUAUAUUUUCCGAAAGGCCAAGAAUGGGUGAUGGAGGAUAUCCCGAACGACGCAGCUUCCUUUGAUUGUACGUUCUGGUUGAGGAGCAUUGACGGGGUUGAUCAUGACAAGCCAGACCCUCAUCAUAUAUAAUCCCAUCCACCAUUAAUACCCUAGUUACGGAUUUGGUGAUACUGUUCAUGUAAAUUUGUACCCACAUAAGCUAUAAGUCGUUGGAUCAAUCCAACAAUUUGCAGCUUAUGUGAAUAUAAAAUUCACAAAAACAGUAUCGAAUUUCCCAUCUAGGCACCUAUAUAUAUAUAUAUAUAUCCCUUAUAUGUAAUACGAAUAAUUAUUAGUAA